AUGAGGCAGAAGUCCUGCUCGAGUGGUUUCGUGCCACUGGCGGCGUUGACGGUGAUGUUGUUGGUUCUUUUCGACGCGUUGCCACAGCUGAUGGCAAGUGAAAGUGCCGCUAACCGGAAGUCGGCGCCUAACCAAACGAACGAGCUGAAUCGCAACAUCAUCAACACGGUGUUUGAGCGAACGCGACCAGCCGGUAGCGAGCGGCGUAGGCGUGAGGUCACAAUUCUGGGGUUGUUCGAACUCAGCUCCAAAGAAGGAGAGGAACGUCGCGAAGGUCUUAGCGAGCUUGCUGCGGCGCAGUUAGCAGUGCAGCACAUCAACCGACGAGGUCUUCUGUUGGGCUACAAGUUGAAGCUCAUCACCAACGACACGAAGUGUGAUCCAGGUGUUGGCAUAGAUCGGUUUUUCCACGCACUCUACACUCACCAGAGCAAGCGAAUCAUCAUGGUGUUAGGAUCUGCCUGCUCGGAGGUGACGGAGAGUCUCGCGAAGAUCGUCCCCUACUGGAACAUCCUACAGGUCUCGUUUGGAUCUACUGCACCGGCUCUGAGCGAUCGACGAGAGUUCCCGUUGUUCUAUCGCACAGUGGCACCAGAUUCGUCACAUCAUCCUGCGAGGAUAGCGUUUCUGAUGCGGUUCGGUUGGGAUACGGUGGCUACCUUCUCACAGAACGAGGAAGGAUACUCGCUGGCGGUGAAUGACCUCGUGACGGAGCUCGAACGGGCCAACAUCACGUGUGCCGCGACCAUCUCGUUCGCUGAGACCGACUUUAAGGAACAGCUGAAGCUGCUACGGGACCGCGAUGUGCGCGUGAUUAUCGGGAGCUUCUCCCACGAAAUCGCCCCCCAGGUGUUCUGCGAGGUCUACAACCUGGGCAUGUACGGGGCGGAGUACGCGUGGAUCCUGCAGGACACGUACAUCUCAUCCUGGUGGCUGUCGGAGCCGGAAACGUCCGGUUGCUCCUCGAAGGCACUGCUGCUGGCGGUCGAGAACCUAAUAAUCGUUUCCAGCUACAACAGCAUUGUUGGAAUGGGCACGGCUCUCAGUGGAUUAACAAAUGACAUUUUCCUGCAGAAACUGCGGGAAAUGAACGUCACCGGUGCCGUGUCGCAGUUCGCUCCUCAAACGUACGAUGCCGUGUGGGCGAUGGCGCUAGCCCUUCGUGGAGCUGAAAGGUCCUGGUCCCAGAUGGUCUCGAAUCGUGUACACCUAGCGGACUACGAUUACACGCGUAAUGACAUCGCGCGGGAGCUUUUGAGGCAGUUCGAUUUGCUGAAGUUUAACGGUAUCUCGGGCCCGGUGUCAUUUGAGGGCGCGGAUCGCAUCGGCACAACGUCUUUUCAUCAGAUCCAGCGUGGUCAAUUGCAGAUGAUCGCGUUCUACUAUCCAAAGAACGCUACACUCGACUUCGGGUGUUGGUAUUGCGUGCCGAUUGUGUGGGCUGGUGGACAGGUUCCCAUUGCGAAACGCAUCUUGCGAUUACGCGUGGACACGAUCGAUCCGCUGGCGUUUUACACCGUCGUGAUACUGUCACUAAUAGGGAUUGGAAUAUCCAUCCUCUUCUUGGGGCUAAAUCUGCGUUUUCGGAAGCUGAAGGCCAUAAAACUGUCGAGCCCCAAACUCAGCACUAUAACCGUCUGUGGGUGCAUCCUUGUCUACACCGCUACGAUCCUGCUAGGGUUGGACCAUUCCACGUUGCCGUGGUCCAGUGUCACCUUUUCGACGAUCUGCAUGGCACGAAUCUAUUUUCUUUCGGCGGGAUUUUCCCUUGCCUUUGGGUCGAUGUUCGCGAAAACCUUCCGUGUGUAUCGAAUUUUCACCCACAGUGCUGGUGGUUUGUGCAGAGACAAGAUACUGCGAGACACACAGCUCAUCUCCGUGAUUGGAGCAUUACUGCUGGUGGACGCAUUCGUCGUGUCCUUUUGGAUGGCAGCUGAUCCGAUGGAGCGACAUCUGCACAACCUAUCGUUGGAGAUCAGCACCACCGAUCGGAGCGUGGUGUUCCUGCCGCAGGUUGAGCUGUGCAGGUCACGUCAUUAUGAAGGAUGGCUGGGCAUGUUGUACGCUUACAAAGGCCUGCUGUUGAUAGUUGGCGUGUACAUGGCGUGGCAGACCAGAAACGUGAAGAUAUCGGCCCUGAAUGACUCUCAGUACAUUGGGAUCUCCGUGUACAGCGUCGUCAUCACCAGCGCCAGCGUGGUGGUGUUAGCCAAUCUGCUGUACGAGAAGGUGACACUGGCGUUCGCCAUAACGGCGGGGUUUGUGCUGAUCUCUACGACGGCCACGCUUUGUUUGCUGUUUCUGCCGAAGAUCAAGGAUAUUUUUGAGAAGGGAGAAGUGUACGACCCAAUCAUCCACAGCAUGGGGCUCAAGAUGGAGUUCAACACGCGACGCUUCGUGCUGGACGAUCGCCGAGAGUUACAGUUCCGCGUCGAAGUGCAGAAUCGGGUGUACAGAAAGGAGAUCGAGCUGCUGGACGCCGAGAUCAACCGGCUCGAGCGGUUGCUGCAGGAGCGAACACCUCCAAGCUCACCGCAGCUGUCAGAGCCUAAUCUGCAGGAGGUUCGUUCAUGUGCGAUCGUGCGACCUCACGGCUCAAGUGGUCUUCCGAUGUUGCUGCUGUCGGUGCUUCCACCGGUGAUUCCAAGAGCUAGUUGGCCAUCAGUUGAUCCCAUGCUUUCACCCAUGAAACGGAACAUUGCUUUUAGCUCACAACCAAAGAUUGACCCUGGCACGGUAGCAGCCUCCACAGGCAACAGAGAACGACUCUCGAUUUCAAGCACCCGACCCACUUUCGACGAUCAGCAAUCGAUGAUCUCAACUGGGAAUGGAACGAGUUCCGGUGUAAUUGGCAAAAUUAGGCACAUGUUUGCUCCGAGGCUGCACAAAACGCCCUCGACAUCGGUUAUCGGGCCUCCAGGAGCUUCAAUUUCCGCUGUGCGCAAAUCCACGUUAACAAUUUUCAACGAGAUCGAUACGGAGGACGACUCACCGCAAACGAUCUACACAAUUUGCAAGCCAAAGAGCGAAGAGCUUAAUCUGACAGGUUCGGAACCGAGAGUCAACUUUGUGUUGCCUCCUGCCGGCAGAAGGCGUUCGUCCAUCGUCCAACAGGGAGGUGGAACCGUGCGCGAUCGAAUUCGCGGAUCACCUCGUUUUCCACAUCGCAUAUGCCCGCAGACGACCAGCCUCACGGAGCUGGGUAUAGAGCGACCGAGGAUCAGCUUCCUGACCGUCAAAAGUUGUGAACAGAUUCACGGAAAGCAGUGCGAAUCGCGUGCCAAAUGGAAAUCGAUGGAUUCGUUCUCGAAAAGCAUCGGAUCGCAGUAGAGGCGAACGGUGAGGUGUAGUAGACCCUCUUCUCAAUCACUUGCGUUGUUCAACGUGUAACCGAGUGUAAUGGAACCGCUGCACACGAUACACACUAUAAUAAUUUGAUCGUUCUUUUGUGAGGUUGCUCAAGUUCGGAUAUCGAUGCAUGUUUCGUUCGUUGUUUCGCUUGAUGCGCCUCUUUGUGUAGCCAGCUAUCGAAAGCCCGACAGGCGGAGUGCGAACAUCCACUGCAAUAAGCAAAUAAACCAACGCGUGUAAAAUCGUAUC